AUGACCUUAAGGAGCUGGGUUGUAUUCUGGUUAUUGCUGCUGUUUGAAAUAGAAUUAAAGCGUGCACCUGUGUGUGCUGUGGAAACAGCAGCUGGCGUUCUUGGAAGCCAAAACUUCCCGCAUCCCUCGCUGCACUCAGAGUUAGCGGACUUGGUGGAAAACAGUGAAUAUGAAAUUGUAUCAGCUUAUGAAAUACAUCCAAAUGGAGAAUAUAUGACACAUGAAAUUAUGCACCAUCAAAGGAGAAAGAGGUCACCUUCUCAUCUAGGAACUGAUUCUCUUCACCUUCGGCUGCAUGGAUUUGGACAUGACUUUCACAUGGAUCUUAAAACUUCUGACAGCCUAAUAGCUCCUGGAUUUAUGGUACAAACGUUAGGAAAGAAAGGCACUAAAUCAGUACAUACUUUCCCACCAGAGGAAUUCUGCUUUUAUCAAGGCUCCUUACGAUCCCACCAGAACUCAUCAGUAGCGCUUUCAACAUGUAAAGGUUUGUCAGGUCUGAUAAGAACCCAGGAAGCAGAUUACUUCUUGAAACCACUUCCUCUGCACCUAGCCUUUAAAUUGAACUAUUCAGCAUCUGAUGGACAUCAUUCCCAUGUACUUUACAAAAGAUCCAUAGGAGCCCAGCCUCACAGUGAUAAUGAAAUCAUGAUGAUUGAGAGGAAAAGAGAACUGGAAAAGCACAGCAGAUUAUAUCAAGAAAACCAGCAUCUUCACCAUGGAUUUAACCUCAAGCACCCACAAAAGCAGCAUUUCUGUGGAAGGCGCAAGAAAUAUAUGCCAAAGCCUCCCAAAGAAGAUCUUUUCAUCUUACCUGAUGAGUAUAAAUAUCCAUUGCGGAACAAGCGUUCUCUCCUGAAAACCCACAAAAAUAAUGAACUGAAUGUGGAAACACUAGUGGUAGUUGACAAAAAGAUGAUGCAAAACCAUGGUCAUGAAAAUAUUACAACAUACGUCUUGACUAUACUCAAUAUGGUGUCUGCUUUGUUUAAAGAUGGAACAAUAGGUGGCAAUAUCAACAUUGCAGUUGUGGGUCUCAUUCUUCUAGAAGAGGAGCAGCCAGGACUUGUGAUCAAUCACCAUGCAGACCAUACCUUAAGUAGUUUCUGCCAGUGGCAGUCUGGACUGAUAGGAAAAGAUGGAACCCGCCAUGAUCAUGCAGUCUUACUUACUGGACUGGAUAUAUGUUCCUGGAAGAAUGAGCCAUGUGAUACUUUGGGAUUUGCACCCAUAAGUGGAAUGUGUAGCAAAUAUCGCAGCUGCACUGUUAACGAAGAUACGGGUCUUGGCCUAGCUUUUACCAUUGCCCAUGAGUCUGGACACAACUUUGGCAUGGUCCAUGAUGGAGAAGGAAACGUGUGCAAGAAGUCUGAGGGUAACAUCAUGUCCCCUACAUUGGCAGGACACAAUGGAGUCUUUUCCUGGUCAUCUUGUAGUCGCCAGUAUCUGUACAAAUUUUUAAGCACUGCUCAAGCCAUAUGCCUUGCUGAUCAGCCUAAGCCUGUGAAUGAAUACAAGUAUCCUGAAAAGCUGCCUGGAGAAUUGUAUGAUGCCAACACACAAUGCAAGUGGCAAUUCGGGGAGAAGGCCAAGCUUUGCAUGUUGGACUUCAAAAAGGAUAUAUGUAAAGCACUGUGGUGCCAUCGAAUUGGAAGAAAAUGUGAGACAAAAUUUAUGCCAGCUGCAGAAGGCACUAUUUGUGGUCAUGACAUGUGGUGUCGUGGUGGUCAAUGUGUGAAAUAUGGUGACGAAGGUCCCAAGCCAACCCACGGACACUGGUCAGAUUGGUCUAGUUGGUCUCCUUGUUCUAGGACAUGUGGAGGAGGAAUAUCUCACAGAGAUCGUCACUGUACCAAUCCAAGGCCAUCACAUGGAGGAAAAUUUUGUGAGGGUUCCACCCGGACACUGAAACUUUGUAACAGUCAGAGCUGUCCCCAGAAUAGCAUUGACUUUAGGACCAUCCAAUGUGCUGAGUACAACAGCAAGCAAUUUCGAGGAUGGUACUACAAGUGGAAGCCUUACACUCAAGUAGAAGAUCAGGACUUAUGCAAACUCUAUUGUAUCGCAGAAGGAUUUGAUUUCUUCUUUUCUUUGUCAAAUAAAGUCAAAGAUGGGACACCGUGCUCAGAGAACACCCGUAAUGUGUGUAUAGAUGGGAUAUGUGAGACAGUCGGCUGUGACCAUGUCCUUGGCUCUAGUGCCACUGAAGACUCUUGCGGGGUGUGCAAAGGAAAUAAUUCGAGUUGCAGACUUUACAAAGGUCAUUAUGCUAAACACCACUACACGAACCAGUACUAUCAGAUAGUCACCAUUCCUGCUGGUGCCCGGAGUAUUCAUAUACAUGAGAUGAAUGUAUCUACCUCCUAUAUAGCCGUGCGCAAUACUCUCAAAAGAUACUAUUUGAAUGGUUACUGGACAGUGGACUGGCCUGGCCGAUACAAGUUUUCUGGUACUGCCUUUGACUACCGACGGUCAUACAAUCAACCAGAGUCUUUAACCUCUUCUGGACCAACCAACGAAACCUUAGUGGUAGAGCUUCUCUUUCAAGGUCGGAACCCAGGAAUUAGCUGGGAAUAUUCAAUUCCUAAAUUGGAAAAUGAGAGGAAGCCUGGAUCAAAGCACAACUAUACAUGGGCCAUCAUCCGUUCUGAAUGUUCAGCUACCUGUGGUGGAGGACAGAUGACCACAAAAGAAGGCUGUUACCGAGACAUGAGGCUUCAAGUAAACACAUCAUUUUGCAAUCCAAGGACUCGACCAGUUACAGGAGUUAUACCUUGUAAAAUGCCAGCCUGUCCUCCCAGCUGGUCAGUGGGGAACUGGAGCACCUGCAGCUUGACCUGUGGCAUAGGAGAACAAUCUAGGCUGGUUCAGUGCAUACAGCGGAUUCACUCUAAAUCAGAGGUGGUCUCUGCCACUCUUUGCCCUCAGCCAAUCCCUCCCAGCAGACAGAUCUGUAAUACACAGAGCUGCCCACCAGCCUGGAGUGCAGGGCCCUGGUCAGAGUGUUCAAGAACAUGUGGGAAAGGAUGGAAAAAGAGAUCAGUGACCUGUAAAAGCACUAACCCGUCUGCUCGGGCUCAGAUUCUGCCUGAUGCUGUCUGUUUCACAGAAAUGAAACCCCAAACUCAAGAAGCCUGUUUGCUUAAACGCUGCCAUAAGCACAAGAAACUACAAUGGAUUGUGUCUGCCUGGUCAGAGUGCUCUGUAACUUGUGAAAGAGGAAUACAGAAAAGGUUGUUAAAAUGUGCAGAAAAAUAUGUUUCUGGAAAAUACAGAGAGCUGGCUUCAAAGAAAUGCUUACAUUUGCCAAAGCCAAACCUGGACUUGGAAAGAGAAUGCACCCUGUCUUCAUGUCCCAAGCAAACAGUGUACUCUGCAGUGAGACAUGUUAGGGGCACUUGGUACUCUUCUCCCUGGUCUCAGUGCACAGCAACUUGUGGAGGUGGAGUUCAAACACGAUCAGUCCAGUGCCUAGCAAGUGGCCGGCCAACCACAGGAUGCUUUCCACAGCAGAAACCUAUCAGCUCCCUAGCCUGCAAUACCCACUUCUGUCCUAUCCCAGAGAAGAAAGAUAUCUUCUGUAAAGAUUACUUCAGUUGGUGCUACUUGGUGCCCCAGCAUGGAAUGUGCAACCACAAAUUUUAUGGCAAACAGUGCUGUAGGUCUUGUUCAAAAUCUAAUUUGUAAUUUAGGACUGAUUCCCAUGGUGGGAAAAAAUAAUUUUUCAGCACAAGAAAAGAGCUGCACAAUCUGAAUUGGGCUGUGCCCAAGUAAGAUAGAAAUCCGAAGAAUAACUAGGCUUGGUUCUUUGACUUUGGGAAUAUUUUUUAAUGGGCCUGAAUACACACACACACACACACACACACACACACACACACACACACACACAUGCAAACGGUAUUAUGAAUGGUUUAAACAUGGAAGCCUUGUAUAACCUUUUGCAGUAUUAUGGUGGGUGUCAAACCUACCAGUACUGCAAGCAAAAGGAACCUAUUCUAAAGGGGAUGGACAAAGUUUUGCUAAGGAGUAUGUUGUUGUUGUUGUUUUUCUUUUAAUCUCAAAUAAAUUAAGGCCCCAAACUAGGCCAAGAUGAACUUGCUAUAGCAUAUGUGGUGCUUUCUGAAGAAAAGAAAAAAUCUGUGAAGAGGACGACAAGUUAAAAUGACCUACCACCAGGCACAUGCAGUAUCUCGCCCCUCUCAUCUCUGUGGUCCCUUCCAGCUCUUAAGUUCUGAAAUUCUCUGAGUCUUCUUUUUUAAAAGGGAGCAGGUGUUACAAGAACAGAAGCUAUCAGGCCUGUGCAGCCAUCCUCCCCAGCUGCUGUUCCUGUUUCUGAAUACUUCCUCAUUCACUAACAAUAUCAAAAUUUCCAUCAACAUACUUGAAGCACUUGAACCUGGACGCUGUGUCUUGAUUCAUGCACCAGAUGUGGAAAGGGGGAAAAAUGAAAUAUCUCCAAAGGUGCUUCCUUCCCUUUCAGACUCAUGAGCCAAAUGAGAGUUUUCUUCUGUUUUAUUUUUUAUAUCUAUCUGUUAUUUACAAAGGAGCCUUCCUAUUUAAACUUAUUUCUUUAUGCUUUGCUGUAACAGAAAGGAAGGAAAGAAGGAAGAAAGAAGGGAAGAAAGAAGGAAAAAAUUGUUCUGUAUCAUCUUUUUUUUUUAAAUGUCUGGUUAUGCCCAAAUCCUGCUGUCCUUUAUUAAAAAAUUAUGGUACUACUAAAAUAGUUGUCUGCUAAAUAACCAACUUUCUAAACUAGAAAUCCAUGUUUUAUAUGUGUGGCAGUUUGGGGGUUGGUUUGUUUUUGCAAUACCCAUUUAGAAUGAAUGCCAACAUUUCACGAAUGAAAAAGCUGCACAUCGUCCUGUUUCUGACAUACUCCAUUUCAGUAUUGGUGCUGCCUUAAAGUUAAUGUUCCAUGGUGCAGCUCCACUUGUAAUGAGCACCUGAAUAUUUAUGUUUUCUGAAAUUUUAUAAUAAAUUUUUUAUUGUA